GGAAGGGAAGGGAAGGGAAGACAAGACACCAAUCCAUCCAUCUCCUCCUCACUGCUCAACAACCCCCCACAUCCCGCCUACCUUUCCGUGCUUCUCUUGGACCUUGGUUAACACCACCUCAUUCUUUCUCUCUUCAAUCCAUUCACAGCUUCAGCAAGGUUCCAAGGAUCGUCCAUGGCUCGCAAGAAGAUCCGUGAGUACGAUUCCAAGCGCCUCCUCAAGGAGCACCUCAAGCGCCUCGCUGGGAUCGACCUUCAGAUCCUCUCCGCCCAGAUCACGGAAUCAACCGACAUCGCCGAAUUGGUAAAUGCGGAACCAUGGCUAUCAUCUAACAAGUUGGUUGUGAAGCCUGAUAUGCUAUUCGGGAAGCGAGGGAAGAGUGGUUUGGUGGCCCUUAAUCUGGAUAUGGCUCAGGUGGCCCAGUUUGUGAAAGAGAGACUUGGAGUAGAGGUUGAGAUGGGAGGAUGCAAGGCUCCCAUUACCACAUUUAUAGUCGAGCCAUUUGUCCCUCAUGAGCAGGAGUACUAUCUCUCAAUUUUAUCUGAGAGGCUUGGCUGCACCAUCAGCUUCUCUGAGUGUGGUGGAAUUGAGAUUGAGGAGAACUGGGACAAGGUUAAGACCAUAUUCCUCCCAACUGAGAAGCCCUUGACAUCCGAGGCAUGUGCUCCGUUGAUUGCAACCCUUCCUUUAGAGGUGAGAGAGAAAAUCGGAGACUUCAUAAGAGGUGUCUUUGCUGUGUUCCAAGAUUUGGACUUCAGUUUUCUUGAGAUGAACCCAUUCACACUGGUGAAUGGAGAGCCAUACCCGCUGGAUAUGCGUGGAGAAUUAGAUGACACAGCAGCCUUCAAAAACUUCAAGAAGUGGGGGAGUGUUGAAUUUCCUCUUCCCUUUGGCAGGGUCAUGACUCCCACAGAAGCAUUUAUUCAUGGAUUGGACGAGAAGACAACUGCGUCCUUGAAGUUCACAGUUUUAAACCCUAAGGGACGUAUAUGGACCAUGGUGGCUGGAGGUGGGGCUAGUGUCAUAUAUGCAGAUACAGUUGGAGAUCUGGGUUAUGCAUCUGAGCUUGGAAACUAUGCUGAAUAUAGUGGUGCGCCAAAGGAAGAGGAGGUCUUGCAGUAUGCCAGAGUUGUUCUUGAUUGUGCUACUGCUGAUCCUGAUGGUCGUAAGAGAGCACUUCUUAUUGGAGGAGGGAUAGCUAACUUCACCGAUGUUGCUGCCACAUUUAAUGGAAUUAUUAGGGCCCUCAGAGAGAAGGCAGCCAAGUUAAAGGCCUCAAGGAUGUACAUUUAUGUCCGCAGAGGCGGUCCAAACUAUCAGACCGGUUUGGCAAAAAUGCGAGCUUUGGGUCAGGAGCUUGGUGUUCCCCUUGAGGUUUAUGGACCAGAGGCUACAAUGACUGGAAUUUGCAAGGAAGCUAUAGACUGCAUCAUGUCUGCCGCAUAAAUCAUAUUCCAUUCGUCGUAUUAUUCAUUGUUGAGUUUGCAGUUUUUCUGUUUUGCCAAGUGAAAGGCCAAGCAUAGGAGUGAUUUAUCCAGAUUUAGUCAUAAUCGGAGUUGAGCUAAACUCUGUAGAAUGUUUUUAAGAUUCUCUGUGUCGCUGCAAUCAGAGCAGUUUUUUGUGCACUUUUGAACAAAAGUAUGUUUUGCUAGGGUGCUUGAACUGAUCAUCCUGCUUAAAAUAACAAAGUUUCUUUAGCUUUUA